CAACUAUCCUUUUCAACCUUAAAACCUGAGCUUCUAACAUAUUCAUAUUCCCCUCCCUUCCAUUCCUCUUCCUCUUCUUCUUCUUCUUCUUCUUCUUCUUCUUCUUCCUCUUCUUCUUUCUCCUCCUUAAUUAUGCUUCCCUUCCUCCUCUCUGUUUAAAUACCUCUUUUUCCCCGUCUCAAUUUCCUCUCCUCCUCCUUCACAAUCUAACUCUGUUUCUUCUUCUUCUUGCAAUGGAUCCUUCCUCCACAAACUCUGUCAAUGGCUUUUACUCCUUCCUCACUCGUGGGAUCGAUGAUCUCGAACGCCUUUACCUCUCCAACAAUUUCAUGUCCAUUCAAUUUCUUCAAAGGGUACUUUCCCUCCUCCGAUCCUUCCAUUCCCAACUCACCCUUCUCGUCCAGAAACUCCAUUUGCCCGUCGGCGACAAGUGGCUCGACGAGUACAUGGACGAGAGCUCUAAACUCUGGGAAGCUUGUCAUGUCAUCAAAUCAGGAAUCUCCGGCAUGGAAAACUACUACUCCGCCGGCUUCAACAUCACUUCCUCCCUCGACACUCAUCGUCAUCUCACCCCCCAGCUCUCCAGACAGGUGAUACGAGCGAUUUCAGGGUGCAGGAGGGAAGCGGUGGGAUUGGAGGAAGAGAACAGAGCACUGAUGGAGACGAGAAUCCAAACGCUGCCGUUGCGUUUCGACGAGAAGGUAUCAAUGGAAUCAAAGCUCAACGGGUUUAACGGAUUCCGUGGAGUGCUGUACGCAAUGAGGAACGUAAGCUCGCUGCUGCUGAUGAUCCUGCUGUACGGACUGGUAUACUGCUGGCCCAACGAAUCAGGUCUGAUGAGAGGAGGGUACGAAGGGGGUUGCUUGAUAUUCGGGUCGGCGUUCAUGGUGUCGACGUCGAGGUUGCAGCAGAGGGUGGCAGGGGAGAUAGGGAGACUGAGCGGGAGGCCAGGGAUCUUGCUGUACGAGUUCAGGCGGUCGAAGAUGGCGAUGGAGGAGCUGAGAGGAGAACUGGAGAGACGGUGCGAGUGCGGAGGAGGGAUGGUGGAUUGGGAGGAGGAGGUAGGGAUAAGGGAAAGGGUGGAGAAUUUGAAAGGGUGUUUUGGGGUAUUGAGAUCUGGGGCUGAGAACAUUGUUGCACAGCUUGAUGAUUUCUUUGACGAGAUUGUGGAAGGGAGGAAGAAGCUUUUAGACUUUUGCAGUCAUAGGUAGAGAUGAUGAGGAGGAGAAUAGCCCGGCCCCAAAAAAACUUUAAAAAAAAAAAAAAAAAAAAACCCAAAAAAGAAAAAGGAGAAAUACAAGGGAGAGAGGAAUCAGCUGUUGGGGAGGGAGUUGUUGCUGUACCUUUGAAGUCAUUUAACCCCUUCUCUUCUUAUUUUUCUUUGGGUUUUUUUUUUCCCUUUCUUUCUUGUGUUUUUCUUUUCUUUGUUCUUUUUUUUUUUUUUUUUUUUUUAACAUUUACUAUAAUUGAAGGUAUCGGAGAUGUAUAAUUCUUUUUUUUUUCUCCUAAAAAAGAAAGUUGAGAAUGGAAGAUGAAGAGAAAAUGGUGGUAGAGAAGAAUAGUUAUGGGGUGAGAGAUAAAUGUCAAAAAUGUUAUGUUAAGACAAGGAAAAAAGAAUGAGCAGAGGGAACUAAUUUUCAAGCAAGGACAGACAGCAUUGUUGUUCUACUGUGAUGAAUCAAAGGCAUCUUAUUUCUUCGCUGAUA